AUGUCUGCUAUACAUUCAAAAACAGUCGUUCCAGAUAAUGUUCUUUUGGCUAAUCGAAUUAGAAGCUAUCUUUCUAAUCCAUCAGUUUCGUGGAAACCGUCAACAGAUCAACGCAAAUUAAUUGGGCAUUUAUUGUUAAAUAGGCUUGUUCCUGCAACCUCAACUUGCAGCAAUAUUCUUGAUUUUGGGCUUAAAGUUGUUGGUUGUAGGGAUCCGAUGAGUGGAAGGCUUGGAGCUUUUGUUACUCGUGUUAGGCCUGGUUCUAUUGCUGAUACUGUGGGGCAGCUAAGAGCUGGUGAUGAAGUGCUAGAAUGGAAUGGCCAUCAACUUCAGAAUGCAAGCCCAGAGACUGUCUAUACAAUAGUUCAAACCAGCAAAGCAGACACACAAUUAGAAUUAAUUGUUUCUCGUCCACUAACCGGUGAUGGAGAUGAUUUUUUAAAUUUGGGUAGAAGAAGAUUAUUAGAACAACAACAACAACAAUUUUUAGUUAAUAAAAAUAUCCCACACUCACAAUCUUUAAUUUCUGCUACGCCUUUUAUUAGUGGUGGUGCUUCUAUGCAACAACAACAAAAACAUUGUUUUUAUUCGCGGGUCCCCUCUCCUUUUGUGCUACAACAACAACAACCCUAUAAUGAUGCUUUAACGGGCUUUUUUGAUUCUACUCCUUUUUGUUUUUCUCCUUCCCAAUUUAAUUCUGAUAAUGUUUCUGGAAUAUGUGGUCGAUUAGAGAUGGCUCUUUUAUAUUUACCACAAAAACGCGAAUUAAUUAUUUCUCUAAGUCGUGCCUAUGAUUUAUUACCACGUCCAAAUGAAAAUGAUAGAAAUCCUUAUAUUAAAUUAUUUUUGUUGCCGGAUAGGAGUGAAAGAAGUCGAAGGCAAAGUAAAGUGAUUACAGGGACGCAAAGUCCGGUGUGGGAGGAACACUUUUUUUAUGAAGAUUUAGAUGAGAAUGAAUUGGCUAAUCGUGUUUUGGAGGUCACUCUUUGGGAUUAUGACGCUUUCGAAUCACACUCGUUCUUGGGAGAGGCACUAAUUGAUUUAAGCCAAGCUCCAUUAAAUAAUCAACCACAUGUUUAUACUUUGCUAGAUAUGGAUGAUGAUAAUCCUAUUAGAGUGAGACUUCGAUACCAGCAAAGAAGGUAUUCUUCCUCACUAACCCCUCCAGCCGGUCAACAGCGUAGUCGUUCACAAAUGAAUUUUCCUUAUCGAACGCUUCCACAAAAUGCUUCUGCUUCAUUUGGCCCUUCGGAUAGAGGAAAUGUUUCUAAUAGAGAAUGGGAAAGCAAUAAUAAAGCAAAUAAUUCACUUUCUGUUCAUGAUCUGCCGCUUCAUUCUUCACGUUCUCGUCAUCGUUCUUAUAAUUCUGAUUUUCCUAUACAUUCGGAAGCCUUUAGGAGAGGGCGGCAUAAUUAUUAUGGAGACGAUGAAGAUUUUUGGGAUGAAGGAAGAAAUUUUGGGAGAAAUUCAAAACAUCGAAAAAAUAUUUGUUUAUCAGAUCAAGAGCAAGAAUGGGAAAUUGGAAGAAGGCGUAAAGAAAGGGAACAUAGUAGAGAACAUAGGCGUAGAGAUAGAGAACAUAGACAUCAUCAACAUCGUCAUGGAGAUAGGCAACAACAACACAACAAUGUUCGGGAUAGAAGGCCUCAAUCAGCUACAGCGCUUAGGAAUAUAGUUGAAUGGGAGCAGCGUCAUUCUUCAGGGGUUAAUAAUAGUCAAGAUUCUGUUUUCAUUGAAGAAAGGGAAGGAUAUCAAGAUUUGAAGCAAAAUAAUAAUAGUCGUAAAACAACACGGCAACAAGAAUUAAAAGAGCAAGAAUGUAGCGGAAGUCUGAUUGGAGGAGGUGGGGGUGGUGAAUAUGGCUCUGAUUGUUCUGCAGAAACUUUAAGUGUUAAUUCUGCUCAGAGUAUGCAAAAUAGGGCUUUACUUCGACAACAACAACAAAUCCAAAGAAUUCAACAACAACAAUUAAAACAACAAAGUCAGAGUUCAAACGAAGAUACAAAAAAUUAUGGAAAUGGAGGGGAUAUUAUAGAUUAUGAAGAAGAUGAGAGAUUUAUUGAACAACAACAGCAACAACAAUUAGGAAAUUUAGCUUCAAUGACGGCCAAGGAAAUGAAGGAUAGAAAAAAGUCUUUAAUGACAAGAUUAAUACCUGGAAGGAAUGGACCUAAUGACGCAAACAAAAGGCUAGGCUUUGCACGUUCUGAAGAGGUUGGUAUUCCUGGAGAAGGAGGGGGAGGGGCAACAACAACAGUCUCGACAACAACAUCAAAUACAGCAUUAGCCCCGCCUGAACUUAUCAAACAAAAUAGUAAAGAAUCUACUGACAGUUCUGACAAUUGGCUGCCUAUUUUGCCUGACCGACCACUCGGUUCAUUUAUGGAAAAUCUUGGCCCUGGGCAAGUUGUCGGACGCCAAGCACUUGGUGCUAUACCUAUGGGUGAACUGUUGAUUGGUUUAUCAGUUGAACAGGGAACUGGAUUGGUUUUGGAUAUUAGGGAGGCUAGAGAAUUGAAGAUUGGACCAAGAGGAGCUCCUGCUUCCUACGUCAAAGCCUAUUUAAUGGAAGGAAAAAAUUGUGUAGCAAAAGCAAAAACACAGCCUUCAAGAACACGUUCUGCCUCUCCCAGCUUUCGCCAAAAAUUAAUUUUCAAUGAGAAUUUGAGAAAUAAAAUGCUUCAAAUAACUGUAAUUGGGGAUUUUGGACGUUUAGAACGUAAAAUAUUUAUGGGAGUAAUUCAAAUUGCUUUGGAAGAAUUACAGCUAGGAGGAGGAAAUAUUGUUGGGUGGUAUAAAUUAUUUGAUAGUGAUAGUUUAAAUGGAGCAAGUUGUCAGCAACAACAACCUGUGAGAAAAGAAAGCGGAGUAUCUUCUACUUAA